AUGCAUUUCCUCCUCUCCCUCCUCUCCACCGCUGCCGUGGUAGCUGGCCAUGGCUACGUCGAGAAGGCGACCAUCGGAGGCAACACAUACGAGUUCUACAACCCCAACACCGACCCAUACACGAACCCUAUCCCCAAGCGCAUCUCUCGUGCCAUUCCCGGUAACGGCCCCGUUGAGGACGUUACCUCCAUCGAUCUUCAGUGCAACGGCUACACUGCUGGCGGUGUCAAGGGCAGCAAACCUGCUGCUCUGCACGCCGAGGCCAAGGCUGGAUCGAGUGUCAACUUGAGAUGGACUCUCUGGCCUGACUCCCACGUUGGUCCUUCCGUUACAUACAUGGCGCGUUGCCCCGACUCGGGCUGUGAUGCGUGGGAGCCUGGUACCCAGAAAGUUUGGUUCAAGAUCCAGGAGGCAGGACGAGAUGGAACCAGCAACAACUGGGCUAGCACCCCCUUGAUGAAGGCUGGCAACAGCGGAGUCGACUACACCAUCCCAGCAUGCAUCAAGCCCGGCUACUACCUGGUCCGCCACGAGCUCAUUGCCCUCCACUCGGCGUUUAGCUACCCCGGAGCUCAGUUCUACCCUGGAUGCCAUCAACUCAAGGUUACUGGAAGUGGCAGCACUACUCCUUCCAGCCUGGUUGCUUUCCCCGGCGCCUACGCUGCCAGUGAUCCUGGUGUUACCUACAACUCCUACGAAGCCACUACCUACAAGAUCCCAGGCCCUGCUGUUUUCAAGUGCUAA